AUUACCCCUUUUCACUCCAAAAGCUCACUUGUCUUUUGUUUUUGGCAAAUGCAAAGCCUACGAAGUUGCUCAACUAACAUACCACCAUCCCUUUCUUCAUCUUCCAUACCCAUGAUGACUACCACCGCCGCCCUUUCCUUCGACGAAGAGGAGUCGAUGGAGGCCCGAAUCAGGCGGUUGAUAUCAGAGCACCCGGUCAUCAUCUUUAGUCGAUCCUCUUGUUGCAUGUGUCAUGUCAUGAAAAAGCUCUUGGUCACCAUCGGAGUUCAUCCUACCGUCAUCCAACUCGAUGACCAUGAAAUCGCUUCCCUCCCUCUUCCUCCUCCUCCUCCUCCGCCAACAACGGGUCACGGUGGUAUCUCGUCACGAAAUCCAGUACCCGCUGUGUUCAUUGGUGGAUCCUGCGUCGGCGGCCUCGAAUCACUCGUGGCCCUUCACCUUAGUGGCCACCUCAUCCCAAAGCUCAUCGAAGUUGGCGCUCUCUAAGGAUGAUACAUAGGGUUAUUAAUAUUAAUAAAUAUUAAUUAGCA